CUCUCUGUCAAUGUACAUAAUUCAAACUUGUAUAUAUGCAUAUGUAUGUAUAUAUAUUCCACUCAUUUUCGCCAGAAAACUGUGGUGGUUUCAGUUCCAUCUACUCUCAAAAAUUCAGCGGAACUUUCGCCGGAAAAAGCUCCAGUUUCCACCGAUCUACCUCCAGAGCAUCAGAUGCUUCCCCAUUACCCGCUCGCUUCUUCUCUAUUGCUCGAGUCUGAUUGGCAUAGUCUGAUCGGUUCUGAUUCUCCAAUUCAUUCUUACUCAGAUCAGAUUUCGUGUAAAGAUAUUUGCAGGAGAGAGAAGAAUCUUCUUUCUGAGAAAUUGGUUUCGUUUUCCUCAAAUGUGGGAUGCAUGAAAUGAAAGCCUGCCGAAUGUGUUGAAAGGAGGAAUCGAUGUGAGUGUUAGAAAAGAUGAAAGAUGAAAGAAGAAGCUGAGAGAAAACAUUGAAAUGGUACUAUAUUGUGGUGGUGUUGGUGUUGUGUUGGCUUGGAUGCAUACAGUGGCUAUAUAUAAGUUCUAUGACUAAAUGUAGGUAAUAAACAAGUAUGGAAAGAUUAUAAAGAAAAUAUAAAAGAUCUCCAAGAUACAGAAAACAUUGAAACGGAUGGAUGUACAUGAAUCGGAGGAAACAUUACAGAAGCACUCAGCAGUGACCUCAAGACCGCCAUUGUUUCCAGCUGACAAGAAUUAUGGAACCAUUGGCCGGCUUAGGACGAGGGAAGUUAGUUCUAGGUACAGGUCGGCUGCUUCAUCCCCAGUUUCUCCAUGCUCCCAAUAUGUACAGAAGAGAGCUCCAUCGUCUGGAAGGAAACGGCCCUCUUCACCAGCCUCCCCGUCAAGGCCAUUCAUACCCGUCCAUGAUGCAUCCACAAAGAUGCAGGUAGCCGCCAGUCAGUUGCCGGAGCUUUUAUGGCCUUCAACAAGGCGCAGUCUCAGUGUUUCCUUCCAGUCUGAUACCUUUUCUCUCGCUCUUGUUAAGAAAGAAAGACCGGUUGAUCGUGCUCCGAGGCCAGCUUCAAAUGUAGCACAAAAACAGGCUGAAACAUCAUCUGUUUUGAGGAAGCCUACACCAGAGAGAAAGAGGAGCCCUCUUAAAGGAAAAGAUGUCACUGGUCAGCCUGAGAAUUCUAUGCCAGUUCACGUAUGUGCUGAACUAGUAGAUCAUUGUCAAUGGGGGAGCAGAGCUGCCAGGAAUAUAUGUUCCAAUGCUUUUACUAGCAGUUUGAAUCACAGUAAUAAGAAUGCUAAGACUUCAACAUUACCAGAUGUGGGAAUUGGGAUACCUUUCCCUGGGAGAAUGUCUUUUUCUGAUGGUAUGAGCACACCCUUACAAAAAUCGGCUAGUGGCAUAGUGACGUUAGCAUCACAUAAUAAUUGUGGGAGCAUGGAACUUGAGGUGGAUUAUGAUAAACUGCAGGCAUCUGGGCUACGGAACCCCUUUUCCUCACAUUCACUUGAAGGAAUGACAUUAAUGACUCAUGCUGUUAGAUCUCAGUUUUUUCCCACUACAAAAUCAUGCCCUCCUUCACCAAGUAAGGGUUCUGUAUUUUCAUCCUCUAAUUCUAGAUGUGGUAGUCCGUCUCGAAUAAAAGCCUUCAAUCCAACUUCUAAAGGUGCCAGUCUAUCAAAGCAAUCCAGCAGUUCAACUUCCGUGCUAAGUUUUAUUGCUGAUAUCAGAAAAGGAAAUAAGCAUGCAAAUCACAUAGAAGAUGCUCAUCAGUUGCGAUUACUAUACAACAGGUAUCUUCAGUGGCGAUAUGCAAAUGCUCAAGCAGAUGCUGCUCUAAGCACUCAGAAAGUAACUACAGAGACCAUAUUAUGCCGUGUGUGGAGAACAAUCUCAGAGUUGGUCUAUCCGGUAACCGAGAAGAGGAUUGGUCUCCAACAGCUGAGGCUGAAACUGAAGCUAUUCUCAGUUUUGAACAAACAAAUGGCCUACCUUGAGGAAUGGGCUUCUAUUGGAAUAGAUCAUAUUAAUUCUUUAUCACAGGCAAUUGAGGAUCUGCAGUCGAGCAUUCUCCGUCUUCCAGUCACAGGAGGUGCAACUGCUGACAUUGAAACUGUAAAGACUGCUGUUUCUUCAGCAGUGGAUAUGAUGCAGGCAACGGGAUCCUCCAUUUCUUCUGUACUCUCAAGGAUGGAGGGGAUGAACUGUCUGGUUUCUGGACUGGCUGAAGUGGCAGCACAGGAGAGAGCCAUUCUUGAUGAAUGUGAAGCCCUAUUAGAUUCAACAGCAGCUAUGCGGGUUGGAGAAUAUAGCCUUAGGACCCAACUCAUACAACGGAAACAAACUCUGAAGAAUGGUCAACAGGCAUUGAGCAAUCAGAAGUGUAUGGCCGCAUAGGUGCUAAGCUAUCAACGUUUUUCUUUGCCUCUUCAGUGAACAAAAAUGGACGUUCAUGUCUCGCGUGUAUUUUUUUAUUUUUUUUCUAAUUUUCUUCUUUUUUACUGUUUUUUAAUUAUGUUGGGAGCAUGUAUUUUUUUUCAAACUUCUUAUUCUUGUUUCCUCAACAAAUGGAUGCCUCUAUUCCUAGUUCGUGUAAUAUUUUUAUCAAUCAGUUGGAAAAAAAGAAAGCAAUGGAAGGUUCCAUUCAGAAAAGAGGCAAAGUUCUUCAUACUGGUACACCCUUUAGUUUUAUGGUACUUUAUGAUGGAUGGAUCUUUCUGGUUACAUCUAUAUCUUGACCAUUGCUACCAAGGGUUAUCUUCAUGGUCCAUGAUUCAAAAAGCACAUAUUUUUAUACACCAACACAUUUGUGUCAACUGCCUUCAUUGACAUGGUCUCAAUUAUGGAGGCAUUGUGGUUGUUUGUCAAUAUGCAAGAAAAUAAUGAGAUUAAGUGGAAAGCUAAAGUUUCCGGUUUUGACCUCCAUGGCCAUGGCCAUGAAGCACUGGACCCAUUCCAUGAUGGAUUUAAGGAUUUCCUUCUAGUUGUGGCCUCCACCAGCUGGCAGUGAGGCACAAAAUCUUCACUGAAAUACUGGAUUCAAUGAUUUCCCUAACUGGGGUUACUUUCCAUCUUAUCUUGUGUGUUUGCUCCCAUGAUGGCUUAGUGAGAGGACAUGAGUUACAUUAUUAUGCUCCUUGAUCAUGGGUUUGGGCCUUCGGCCAAACUGUGUCUCCAUGUUGACCUCCAUGGUCAAGCUGGAAAUUGUAAAAGGCCUUUGAAGUAGUUAAUAGAAUGACUGCUCAAGCCAGAUCCUGCUGGCUUUUGAUAAGUUGUUUGAAUUGGACUGAGAGAAUGUAGGGAUCCAUGCCAUCAUCUCUAAUAUGUACUUG